GAGCGCGCCGCGGCGGUGACAGUCGCCAUUUUAUUUUGAAAAUCAAACUGAAUUGAAGGCACGGCAACCCUUCCAUUUCGUCAAGUUUGUUCCGAGAAACAAAAAGAGAUGAGGAUCUGAAUUACUUUAUUGAGAGCACGAUGCUGAACUUGAUUUUAAACUGAAAGACUCUACCUACUUAGCACCGGGAGCCACCCAUCCACCAUUACCUUGGAAGUCAACAUUAUUCACACCUUUUGGGGGGGGGGAGCAGAAGUAACUUAUCACUGAAGUGACUAAAGGGGAAUAAUGGUGAUUUUGCGCCGUGCUCGGCCGCCUGCUUCCGCCCCAACCAGCAAUGAAUCUUGACUCGCUCUCGCUGGCUUUGUCUCAAAUCAGCUAUCUGGUGGACAAUUUAACAAAGAAAAACUACCGAGCCAGCCAGCAGGAAAUACAGCAUAUUGUAAAUCGUCACGGUCCUGAGGCAGACAGGCAUCUACUACGCUGUCUCUUCUCCCAUGUGGAUUUCAGUGGCGAUGGUAAAAGCAGUGGCAAGGACUUUCACCAGAGUUUGAAGCCAUCUGCUCACUUAUUCACUCAAUUGAGCAAAGUUCUUAAGCUCAGCAAAGUCCAAGAGGUUAUAUUUGGCCUUGCUCUGCUCAACUCCAGCAACACAGACCUUCGUGGCUUUGCUGCUCAGUUCAUCAAGCAGAAACUUCCAGACCUCCUGCGGUCAUACGUUGACGCAGAUCUUGGAGGAAACCAAGAAGGUGGCUUCCAAGACAUUGCCAUAGAGGUGCUGCACCUACUGCUCUCCCAUCUACUGUUUGGACAGAAGGGAGCCAGUGGGGUAGGGCAAGAGCAGAUUGACGCCUUCCUCAAAACACUUUGCCGAGAUUUCCCCCAGGAGCGCUGUCCUGUGGUGCUCGCACCACUGCUGUACCCUGAAAAACGGGACAUUCUCAUGGACAGGAUCCUACCUGACUCGGGGGAGUUAGCUAAGACCAGGAUGGAGAGUUCUCUUGCAGAAUUCAUUCAAGAAGUUGGUUAUGGUUUCUGUGCUAGUCUGGACGAGUGCAGAAACAUAAUCGUCCAAUAUGGGGUGAGAGAGGUGACGGCCAGCCAGGUAGCCAGAGUCCUGGGCAUGAUGGCUCGUACCCACUCUGGUCUAACUGACGGCAUCCCACUACAGUCCAUCUCUGCUCCAGGAAGCGGUAUCUGGAGCGAUGGGAAAGAUAAGAACGAUGGUUCGCAGACACAUACGUGGAACGUCGAGGUCCUCAUCGACAUUGUCAAAGAAGUGAAUCCCAAUCUCAACUUCAAAGAGGUGACAUAUGAAUUGGACCACCCGGGCUUUAUAAUCCGAGACAGCAAAGGCCUGCAGGUCGUGGUGUAUGGGAUCCAGAGAGGGCUGGGCAUUGAAAGUUUCCCUGUGGAUCUCAUCUAUCGGCCUUGGAAACAUGCUGAGGGACAGUUGUCAUUCAUUCAACACUCCCUGAUGAACCCAGAAGUGUUUUGCUUUGCUGACUACCCUUGUCACACUGUGGCCAUUGACAUCCUCAAGGCCCCACCAGAGGAUGACAAUAGAGAGAUUGCCACAUGGAAAAGUCUGGAUCUGGUGGAGAGUCUGCUUCGACUGUCUGAGGUGGGCCAGUACGAGCAGGUGAAGCAGCUGUUCAGCUUCCCGAUCAAACACUGCCCCGACAUGUUGGUGCUGGCGUUACUGCAGAUUACCACCUCGUGGCACACACUGCGCCACGAGCUCAUCUCCACCCUGAUGCCCAUCUUUUUGGGAAAUCACCCCAACUCCGCCAUUAUCCUGCACUAUGCCUGGCAUGGACAGGGACAGUCUCCUUCCAUACGUCAGCUAAUUAUGCAUUCGAUGGCUGAAUGGUACAUGAGAGGGGAGCAGUAUGACCAAGCAAAGUUAUCUCGCAUCCUGGAUGUGGCCCAAGACUUAAAGUCUCUAUCAAUGCUGCUGAAUGGUACUCCGUUUGCCUUUGUUAUUGAUCUCGCUGCACUUGCCUCGCGUCGUGAAUACCUCAAACUCGAUAAAUGGCUUACUGACAAAAUUAGAGAGCACGGGGAACCCUUCAUCCAAGCUUGUGUGACGUUCUUGAAGAGGCGCUGUCCAUCCAUUAUGGGGGGUUUGGCUCCUGACAAGGACCAGCCCAAAAGUGCCCAGUUGCCUCCAGAGACUCUAGCCACCAUGCUAGCCUGCUUGCAGUCAUGUGCUGGCAGUGUAUCCCAGGAGUUGUCGGAGACUAUCCUGACGAUGGUGGCUAAUUGCAGCAAUGUAAUGAAUAAAGCCCGACAGCCACCACCAGGUGUAAUGCCAAAGGGACGUGCCCCGAGCACCAGCACCCUAGAUGCCAUCUCACCUGUACAGAUGGACCCUCUGAGUGGCAUUGGCGGUUUGAAUUUGGGGCCCUCAGCUACUUCCCUCAAUCCAAGCAUAAGUUUCCCAACCCCAGUGAAUACACCUUUCAAUAAUCCCCAGUCUCCAGCAAAAGCCUUUCCACCACUUCCCAAUCCUAAUCCCAGCACACCUUUUGGGAGCAUUUCCGGCCUGCCCUCACAACUCCCUGGUCCACUGGGCACGGGCAUCGGUCCUGGUCUAGGGAUGCCAGCAGGAAGCACUGAUCCUUUUGGUCCCAGGAAGAUGAGCACACCGGGCCUGAACCCACCAACCUUUCAGCAGAGUAAGAUGAAGGCCUCCGACCUUUCUCAGGUGUGGCCCGAAGCAAACCAGCACUUUAGUAAGGAAAUAGAUGACGAAGCCAACAGUUACUUCCAGCGCAUUUACAACCACCCACCUCACCCAACCAUGUCUGUGGAUGAAGUCUUGGAAAUGCUGCAAAGGUUUAAGGAUUCUACCAUCAAGCGGGAGCGAGAGGUGUUCAACUGCAUGCUUCGAAACCUGUUUGAGGAGUACAGAUUCUUCCCCCAGUACCCAGACAAGGAGCUGCAUAUCACUGCCUGUCUCUUUGGUGGAAUAAUCGAGAAAGGUCUCGUCACUUACAUGGCCCUGGGUUUGGCCCUCCGAUAUGUUCUUGAAGCCUUACGAAAACCGUACGGAUCCAAAAUGUAUUACUUUGGAAUUGCUGCCCUAGAUCGGUUCAAAAACAGACUAAAGGACUACCCUCAGUACUGUCAGCACCUGGCUUCAAUUGGUCACUUCUUGCAAUUCCCCCACCAUUUACAAGAGUAUAUUGAGUAUGGACAACAGUCACGGGACCCUCCAGUGAAGAUGCAGGGGUCCAUCACCACACCUGGGAGCCUGGCUCUAGUACAAGCCCAGGCACAGUCGCAGCAACCUGCCGGCCUUAAAGCCCCACAGCCAGGCCAGCCCAGCACCCUCGUCACAACCACCACGACUACAACCACAGCCUCUAAGACGUCCACGAUCGCAAGGCCGACAGCCACUAACUUCAAGAAGGAUGUGCCUCCCUCCAUAAACACUACCAACAUCGACACCCUGCUGGUGGCUACUGACCAAACGGAAAGGAUCGUAGAACCUCCGGAGAAUGUCCAGGAGAAGAUCGCUUUUAUUUUCAACAACCUUUCUCAAUCCAACAUGACUCAGAAGGUUGAGGAGUUGAAAGAGACGGUGAAAGAGGAGUUUAUGCCCUGGGUGUCUCAGUACCUGGUGAUGAAGCGAGUCAGCAUCGAGCCCAACUUUCACAGCCUCUACUCGAACUUUUUGGACACAUUGAAUUUGAAGUUUGAGAUUGAAGUUCUGUGUAAGAACUUAUCUUUGGACAUCAACGAGCUGAAGCCAGGAACCCUGCUGAAGGACAAGGAGAAGCUAAAGAACCUCGAGGAGCAGCUAUCGGCACCAAAGAAGGAGGCAAAACCUCCAGAGGAGAUGCUGCCAGUCUCUACUGCAGGAGACUUUGUUCCAUUUGCAGCUCCUCCCUCCACCCCAGCUGCAACCACCACCACCUGUACAACGACCGGACCGCCCACCCCGCAGUUUAGUUACCAUGACAUCAAUGUGUAUGCGUUGGCAGGCCUGGCUCCCCACAUCAAUAUAAACGUCAACAUCCCUCUGCUGCAGGCUCAUCCUCAGCUAAAGCAAUGUGUGCGUCAGUCAGUGGAGCGUGCCGUCCAGGAGCUGGUGCACCCUGUGGUCGAUCGCUCUAUCAAAAUCGCAAUGACGACCUGUGAGCAGAUCAUCAGGAAGGACUUCGCUCUGGAUUCUGAAGAGUCCCGCAUGCGUGUGGCCGCGCACCAUAUGAUGAGAAACCUGACUGCCGGCAUGGCCAUGAUCACCUGCCGUGAGCCUCUGCUCAUGAGCAUCGCCACCAACCUUAAGAAUAGCUUUGCUGCAGCUCUGAGGGCACCAACACCCCAACAGAGGGACAUGAUGGAAGAGGCUGCAGCCAGAAUUGCUCAAGACAACUGUGAACUUGCUUGCUGUUUCAUUCAGAAAACAGCAGUGGAGAAGGCCGGCCCUGAAAUGGACAAGAGACUAGCCACCGAAUUUGUAUUAAUUUGAAGAGAUGCAACAAGAAGAACUGAUAAUCUGUGGAAACAGUCUCUGAGUAACGGUGUGCCUGUGCUGCAGGUGGGAGGAGUGGACCCUAAGCAGCUGGCUGUGUAUGAGGAGUUUGCUAGAAACGUUCCAGGUUUCCUGCCAAGUAAUGACCUUUCCCAACCAACUGGCUUCUUGGCUCAGCCCAUGAAGCAACAGGCAUGGGCGACGGACGAUGUUGCUCAGAUCUAUGAUAAGUGCAUAGCAGAUCUGGAGCAGCAUCUUCAUGCCAUCCCUCCAGCGCUUGCCAUGAACCCUCUGACCCAGGCCCUGCGAAGCUUGCUGGAAGCUGUGGCUCUGGCUAGAAACUCCAGGGAUGGCAUUGCAGCGCUUGGCUUGCUGCAGAAGGCUGUUGAAGGUCUUCUGGAUGCUACGAGUGGCGCCGAUGCCGACUUGCUGCUUCGCUACAGGGAGUGCCACCUGUUGGUGCUUAAAGCCCUGCAGGAUGGACGUGCCUAUGGCCCGCAGUGGUGCAAUAAGCAGAUCACCAGGUGUCUGAUUGAAUGCCGUGACGAAUACAAGUACAACGUGGAGGCGGUGGAGCUUCUGAUCAGGAACCAUCUUGUAAAUAUGCAGCAGUACGACCUGCACCUGGCACAGUCAAUGGAAAACGGACUGCACUACAUGGCGGUUGCAUUUGCCAUGCAGUUGGUGAAGCUGCUGCUGGUGGAUGAACGCAGUGUGAGCCACGUCACAGAAGCUGACCUCUUCCACACAAUUGAGACUUUGAUGAGGACCUGUGCGCACUCCAGAGCUAAUGCACCUGAGGGGCUUCCCCAGUUGAUGGAUGUGGUUCGCUCCAACUAUGAAGCCAUGAUUGACCGGGCCCACGGCGGACCCAACUUCAUGAUGCACUCUGGGAUUUCACAGGCGUCAGAAUACGAUGAUCCUCCAGGCUUGAGGGAGAAGGCGGAGUACCUCCUGAGGGAAUGGGUCAACCUGUAUCACUCAGCUGCUGCUGGCAGGGAUAGCACCAAAGCUUUCUCUGCCUUUGUUGGCCAGAUGCACCAGCAGGGAAUUCUGAAGACGGAUGACCUGAUCACUCGCUUCUUCCGGCUGUGCACAGAAAUGUGUGUGGAGAUCAGCUAUCGGGCGCAAGCUGAACAACAGCACAACCCAGCAGCCAGUGCAGCCAUCAUCAGAGCCAAGUGUUACCACAACCUGGAUGCCUUUGUGAGGCUCAUAGCUCUGCUGGUGAAACACUCUGGAGAGGCCACCAACACAGUGACAAAAAUCAACCUCCUCAACAAGGUGCUCGGUAUUGUCGUUGGCGUGUUGAUCCAGGACCACGAUGUUCGUCAGACUGAAUUCCAGCAGCUGCCGUAUCACCGCAUUUUCAUCAUGCUGCUGCUGGAGCUCAACGCCCCUGAACACGUCCUGGAAACCAUCAACUUCCAGACACUCACGGCCUUCUGCAACACCUUCCACAUCCUGAGACCCACCAAAGCACCUGGUUUCGUGUACGCCUGGCUGGAACUGAUUUCUCAUCGCAUCUUCAUUGCCAGGAUGCUUGCACACACCCCGCAGCAGAAGGGUUGGCCCAUGUACGCACAACUGUUGAUUGAUCUUUUCAAGUACCUGGCCCCUUUCCUGAGGAACGUAGAGCUCAACAAACCUAUGCAAAUCCUCUACAAGGGCACGCUGCGAGUGCUCCUGGUCCUGCUUCACGACUUCCCAGAGUUUCUGUGCGAUUACCAUUAUGGCUUCUGUGACGUCAUCCCACCCAACUGCAUCCAGCUCCGCAACCUCAUCCUCAGUGCCUUUCCACGCAAUAUGAGGCUUCCUGACCCGUUCACGCCCAACCUGAAGGUGGACAUGCUGAGCGAGAUCAACAUCGCUCCACGGAUUCUCACAAACUUCACAGGUGUGAUGCCGUCACAGUUCAAGAAGGAUCUGGACUCGUAUCUGAAGACGCGCUCACCUGUGACCUUCCUGUCUGAGCUUCGUAGCAACCUGCAGGUGUCCAAUGAACCAGGAAACCGCUACAACAUCCAGCUGAUCAAUGCUCUAGUGUUGUAUGUGGGGACGCAGGCAAUCGCUCACAUCCACAAUAAGGGCAGCACCCCCUCCAUGAGCACCAUCACCCACUCUGCUCACAUGGACAUCUUCCAGAAUCUGGCUGUGGACCUGGACACUGAGGGGCGUUACCUGUUCUUGAAUGCGAUCGCCAAUCAGCUGCGUUACCCCAACAGUCACACUCACUACUUCAGCUGCACGAUGCUCUAUCUGUUUGCCGAGGCCAACACUGAGGCCAUCCAGGAGCAGAUCACCAGGGUUCUGUUGGAGAGGCUGAUAGUGAACAGGCCUCACCCGUGGGGUCUCCUCAUCACCUUCAUCGAGCUGAUCAAGAAUCCUGCCUUCAAGUUCUGGAGCCACGACUUUGUGCACUGUGCCCCUGAGAUUGAAAAGCUGUUUCAGUCCGUCGCCCAGUGCUGCAUGGGACAGAAGCAGGCCCAGCAGGUGAUGGAGGGCACCGGUGCCAGCUAGCCUGUGUACCAGCCAGCUCGUAGCCCUCCGGAGAGAUGCUGUGGCCUUGAUCCACCCCCCUCACCACCCCACACAUACACACCUCCCUCUUUACUGUUGGCACUGGAUAAACUGGCAACCACAGUCAUUUGGACUGUGGAUGAAAGGACUACUGCUCAUGGAUCUAGUUAGGUUUUUUUUUCCCUCCCCCUUUUUUGUCAUAUCCCUUUGGAGUUGAUGAGAUGGAUCGGGACAUGCUGUUUAAUAUACUUUUUUUGAUGUAAAUAUUGGAAAAAAAAGGGGAGAAUAGGGGAGUAGACAAGUGGAAAGCAAUGCACAUGUCAAAUAAAAUGUACCUUGACAUGUAAAGACAUGUAAACAUAUUUUCACUCACUACCAAAGUCCUCGGUUUGCUUCCCUCCCACACAUCCUUUUUUUCCUGGCUUUUUUGUUGUUUUUCUUCAGCGGCUGAACGGUAGAGUGACGAGAAAAGCUGCCUACUUUCAUUUGAUUCCUUUUAUCUCCAAGUGGGACAGAAAGAUGUAGUUCUCCCAUGUGGGGUGGGGGUCUACUCCUGGUGUGUUGGUGGAGAACGUUUGCUGAUGGUUUGUCCAUUUGAAACUGGCUCUGGAAGUCUCUCCCUGGCACGUGUAAAAUUAUGCAGUGAUGGAAACCUUGUAUCUUGACAAAUUUGUAUAAAGAUCCAAAUUGAAGAACAACAAUAGAAGGACCAAUACAGCCCAUUUUGUAACAUUUUGAAUGUUUUGUAAAUGUAUUGGUCCAUGUGUUGUAUUUUGUAGUCCUUUCUAGUUUGCCUUUAGUUCUUGCUACUUAACUGCAGUAUGCAUACAUACAGUAAAUAAAGCAUUCAAACUGCUA